GGCUACAAUACAGAACUGCAUCAAAUAGCAAUACCAUUCACAGAGAGAGGCUCUUUCUCAGAGGUCUUACUUGGGGGAUGCUGUUAAGAUGGCUUUUAUGAAGCAUAUACGGCUGUGUUUUGGAUGGCUGGCUGUUGCGAUCAUGGUUCAUAAUGAAGUCGAGGCCUGGACGUAUCAUUACCGGACAGACAGCAAUAUGAACUGGGAGACAGCUCGCUGGUGGUGCCAGCAGAAUUACACAGACAUGGUGGCCAUCCAGAACAAGGAGGAGAUCGCCUACCUGAACAACACGCUGCCCCACCACAAGCAAUACUACUGGAUCGGCCUCAGGAAGGUGGAGGGACAGUGGACCUGGGUGGGGACCAACAAGCCCCUGACUGAGGAGGCAGCACACUGGGCACAAGGAGAGCCCAAUAAUAAGCAAAGUAAUGAGGACUGCGUGGAGAUCUACAUCAAGAGGGUUAAGGACAAAGCCAUGUGGAACGACGUGAGUUGCAGCAGACCGAAAGCUCCUCUCUGUUAUAAAGUGUCCUGUUUAAAUACGUCCUGCAGUGAACAUGCCGAGUGUGUGGAAGCCAUCAACAACUACACAUGCAAGUGUGAGCCGGGCUUCUCUGGUCCCCGCUGUGAGAAAGCUGUACAAUGUUCUCCAAUCUCUGGGAACUCCAGUGGGUUGAGUAUGAAGUGCAGCCACCCCAUCUCCACAAACAGCUACAACUCCACCUGCACAUUCAGCUGUGAGGAGGGCUUUGAGCUGAGAGGCCCAUACACAACCAAGUGUGAUCACACUGGAGAGUGGACACACAAGACCCCCACCUGCACAGCCUCAUCUUCUAGCCAUUCUAGGUCAUCAAGCAUUUCAGGAUCAUCUACAGGUGCUCCAAAAGGAAAAGGAAAGAAGGCUAUCGAAACAGAAGAGGAAGAGACAAGGGAUGACAUAGCAGUUCUCUCCACAGAAUCAUCAACUAUUGAUGACUCAGAUGAUGAGGAGUUGAAACCUCCUUCAAAAGGAAAGAAAGCAAGAUCAACAAAGCAAGAUGACCUGGGUCGACCUCGAGCAAAAACUGUUGGCGGAGCAAUAAUACGAUACAAGCGUGCCGUACAUGCCUUUAACCAAGGUGGCUCGAUGAAGAAGGCUUUCCAAAAAGUGGGGGUGGAUCGCAAUACCAUCUCCAGGACAUCACCAAUUCCUGAGCUUGCGAUAGCAGCACCUGGUGUCUUUCAGGCCCUUUAGUGCCUGUUUGAUGUAAAACAUUUUUAAUGUAAAUCAUCAAUAAAUGAUGACCUGUUCACCGUA